AUGCGCUUGUUUUCACCACUCCUCUUCGCCGCCUCCCCCGUGCUCGGCGCACUGGUAGUAGACUACCAGGCGUCCAGGGGAGACGACCCCGCAGUGAUGGGGUAUCUCAACCUCGAAGCUAAGCGAGGGGAGCCGGUGUUCGAAAACAGGCCGGAUCUGUUCAUCCAAAGGGGGACCGAUCCCAGGGGAGUUCCGUGCGCGCACUUCCACCGCAAGCAAGGGAACAUUCGGGCGGAAUAUCACUCCCUCAACAAAGCGACAAAGAAGGACAAGACGUACACGAUCCAGUAUGAGUUCUCGAUCGGGCAGGUCCAGCAGAGCCUCUCAGUUUGGCAGAUGAAGGAAUAUCUGACUGAUAACGACAAAGAUGGCGGCGCAAAUGUCCCUCUCGCGCUGAAAAUCUCGAAAGAUAAACUCCAGCUCCAGUACCAGCCCAAGUGGGAUGCACCACGAGAGGUGUUAUGGUCUUUCAAGAUCGAGGCAAACACAACAUAUGCUGCUGGUAUUGUGGUCAAUACCAGCAAUCCAGGCUGGGUGGAGCUCUCGUGGAACGGAGUGCCUCAGAAGCUUGGUAAAGGGCAGGUGACCAGAUGUCCAGCGAUCACUUUUCCCGGUCGUGCGGACCCGAAGUUUGGGGCGUAUUUGGGCUCGGAGAUUGAUAUUGAUAGCUAUGUGUACAAGGUCCUAAUUGACGAGGCGUAA